CUAAGGGAAAUGGGGAUGAGUGGGUGAAAGAGACGGGGAUUUCACCCACUCCCCCGUAGAGACAGCUAGAGAUAAGGGAUAUACCCAGCAGUGAUGGGCAGAAUAGGGACUGAGGGAUUAGUGCAGAGGGAAAGCAGGAUUGGUUUUGGAAAAGAAACCUAAUAAACCUGGUAUCUGGGCAUGUUGUGACAGUCAGGUAUAGACAGAGCUAGUGGAUUGCAGCUUUAAAGCUACAUUCCAUACCGGGGUGUGUAAUACAAAGGAAGGAGAUGCUUCUUGCUCUGCUACAUGCAGAGAGGGCAAGAGUUUGGCAACGGAUGAAAAUUCAAGAACCCCUCUAUGACCUAGCUCCCAACCUGGUGCUGCUAGUGCAUUUAAUCUGGGCCACUGAUUCCUGCCCUGUAGCAAGGGACUGUCCAGGGGAAAUGAGUGGAUUAGACAGAACAUUAACAGGGAGGGAUAAGGAGGUAAAAGUAGUGUGAUGUAUUGGGUGCCGGAGAAAUGGAAGGGAGAGAGCCAAUGGGACAAUGGGGUGGAGAGAGGGGAGACAGCUAGGAUGAGGAGAGGAGGGAGGAGACCAUAUGGGUUUGGAGAUCACCAGGAGAAAGGAGAAGACAAGAGGAAGGAGAGAGUGCAGGAGAGGCAGAGAAGGAGACAAAGAGCUCAGUCCCCCACGCACCACGCCUCUUGGCAGACAGAGAGAAGGGAUUUACCUUUCAGGAAAGGCGACAAGGGGUGGCAGGAGAUAUGGGGAAGCUCAGCUCACCCCAGUCACGACAACUACAACUCUCUAUCCUCAGAAGACCCAGACCCUGAUCAUCUGAGCUUCCCUGAAGUGACUGACAGUCUUUCAAUGGGAGGAGGACUUCAUAAUUUCUCCAGGCCAUCUGUACCAGCUGCCGGCUCAGCUUGGCUUGUCCCUUCCGGCUCAAGCCAGCCCAUUCAAGCUAAUUCAGGAAACACCAAUGCUUUUACAUAUCAGCCAUCAGAAACAGGCCUAUGGCCAGAGGUAUGUGGCACUGGGGCACAGAUACAGGUCUCCAGUUCAGCUGCUCCGUACCCCACCGUCUAUGAAUGGGGAGUGAAGGGUCAUUCCUAUGGAGCUGCAGCGAUCUCUGCACACUUCCCUGUAACGCUCGUAGCCCAGGAAGUGCCCAGCCCUGCUCCCUCUGCACCACCUCCGUUUAACAACGCCAGCAGAGUCAACCCCAUGGGCCACCUGUACGGGUGUAUUCAGCCUUCCGCAAAGGCCCGCCUCAUGCAGAUUCAGCCCCCGACUACAUCAGUGCAGGCUCAUCAAAGCCAAGGCCAUGGCCAGCAAGUUCCUUUGCAGGACUGGAGAGGAGCCUACCUUUACAACCGUGACAUGAGGGGUCAGGAGUCAGGAGAGAUGGGCUCCAUUGUGCAAAGAGGCAGGGUCAUUAAAGUGCCAGCCAACACCCAGAGUGAAAUGGUUCUGGUCUUGAAAGCCAUCCAGCCAAUGGGCACCCGCCCUUCCUCUUCGGCCAGUUUGUACUAUCCAGUUUCAGCCCAGCCCAGGGAUUCCCAGGCCAUCGAUCCAGGGUUCAAAGGGGCGGACCCCUUGCCUGGAACGCUGCAUGAGCCCAGGACCUUCUACCUACAAUCAGGCUCAGCUCCGCAAGGAGGCGGAGUGAAAACAGUCAGCCCAGAGAUGCUUCCUGAGGCCCUGGAUGGGUCUCAAAUGCCUCAGGGAUCACAAGGGCCACCACUGUUCCCCUUAGAAAUCCCUGAUAUUAACCAGCUAAUGGCCUGCAUUGAGUCUGUUCAGGCAACUAACUCCUUGUCACACAGCGACAGGCUCGUUGGUCCCAGGCAGGUGACAGGAGGUGACCCCCUCCAACAGAUGCUUCUAGGGAAACACAUUUCUCAGGAGAGUGUUGGGGAAAAGAAUAUCAUCAAACCUCCACUCGCCACUGAAUCCCAGGACGGAGCCUCGUGUCCCGCACCUGGGAAGGGCAAAUCACCCAGGGAAGCUUCAAAGCAGGCAGAACCCUCUGCACUUCCUGCCACUGCGCCCCCAGUGGGGUCUGACAAGCCUUCUGCUGAGCAUGGACUCAGACUCGCUGAUCCCCAGAAAUUAGGAGCAAAUCUUUCUGAGAUGCCAACAGCUACUGAACCAGCUCAGCCCUCUGAAGAGGACCAAACAACGGGCACUAAGAGGCUUGGAGAUGAGAAGGAGACAGCAUCAGGGGAUCAUCUCCCUGAAGAUCCAUGGGAAGGGAAUCUGGAGAACCGUCACCCUGCCGAGAACACCACUGACACCAGAAGUGUAACCGCCUUAGGGGACGGGCGAGAGAGUCCAUGCGCUGACUCGAAACAGAGGACAACUGACCUCAAUAGGCAGCCUCCGAGGAAACCGGUGGACCAGGCAGAUGUUUCUAAGACUGAAGAGCGGCAGCACAAAAGACUAAGCAGCUCAGGGAAUGAUAAGGGGAAAAGUACAAAUCAAGGCAGAGGAAAAUUAAAACCGGAGGAUAAACAACCUGGAAGUCAAGAGGGUGGGAAAAUCUUCCAGCCGGAACGAGAGCCUUUUAAAAUGCCCCGGAGCCACCUGGGGCUACACAUGCUGGAGUCUAUCCAGGUUUUCCACCCGUUGGGAAAGAAACUGAUUCCACUGGGCCCUGCUCGAGGAGCUCCAGCUCUGCAGUCCAACAAGGCUGAAGGAAGCUCUUCCAGUGUCUGGCCAAAGCCACUGCUGGGUCUCAAGAGAGCCCCGGGGCCUCCUGAGGACCCAAAAUCAACCUGUGGUGGUAGGAGGGAUGGACAAUGGGAAGUCACUGGCAAACUCUGUCGUGCCCCAGGAAAUACAAGGCCAGUUGCUUUAGCAUCACCUAGAUGUGUCGCUCUGAAGCAGGGCAGCAGCCGAGCGCCUCCCACCAAGCCCUCCUUUGGGAAGGACCUGCCUCCGUCCCACGAGCGCACUCCGCUUCCUUCUCUCACCUCCACGCCCGCCUGGCGUCCUGGAGGGGGAACCCAGCCCACUCCUGCCAUUCUGAAGAGCCGGCCCCUCCAGGAGCUGGAAGUGUCGCUGCCCAUCCCCCCGGAGCAGAGAGGGGAGCGGGAUGCGAUGAAGAGGAGAGCGCAGAAGGAGAGGGAGCUCGCUGCCCAGUACACGGCCCUGGGGAAGAGACAAUUUUUUGUGGAAAGAGAGAGAGACCUGACGAUAGCGGAGGAGUUUGGCUACAUUUGACCUCUGUAUAUAGCGCUGCGAUUUCCCCUUCUGCUAGCCAUACCGACCAGACCCUUCUUCAGUUGUUGCCCACUCUCAUCUUGGCCUUGAAUUCUCUAUAGGGAGAGUGGAAGAUACGGCCAUAGCCAUGGAGUUCGGGUGUCUGUAGCGUCCCGAUCUCUUCCGUGAGCUGGAAGCCAUUUCUUUGCGGUGUAUAUUUCUAUUUAUUCAUAGUCCUGUAUUAAAAUUCUAGGCCAUU